AAGAAGAUGGAAAAGUACGGGGCGUGCAGCUGGUCGCUGCUGGUGCUAUGGGGUCUGUUGCUGCCUAUGGUCGCCCAGGCAGGGAGAGAGAUGCCCUUUCUCUCCGACAUGAAGAUGUGUGCCGAUGGUGAAUGCAGUCAUCCCAUCCUGAUUGCCCGUGCCCGCCAGGAUUACUACCCACAGGACUGUCGCUUCAUCCCCCUGCGCCAGGGCCAGCUGGUGUAUGUCUAUGCCAUGCUGAAGGACCGUGGUACUCUCUUCUGGGCAGGCAGUGUCCAGGGGUCCUACUAUUCGGAGCAGGAGGCGCGCCUUGGUCACUUCCCCAACGACCUCGUUGAAGAGACCCACGCCCUGAUGCCAGCGGAAGUUGAGGUCAAAACUACCAAAUGGGAUUUUUACUGCUAUUGACAACGGUUAUAGAAAUCCAGACCACGAUUUACAAUGGAUAACCCCGAGAUUUUUUGGCUACGCAGUACGCACUGUUCUAUGGAUUUAGCGCGCGAAGGGAAGCAAGCUGCGGGCUGCAUUAUGACAUGCUGUAUAUCUUUUUUUUUGUCUAUUUUAUAUUAGUCACCGGAUAGGCAAGCUUUGAGCCGACCCCCUCUAGUGUACAAUAAACUAAACGAAGCUGCUUUGAA